GAAAGGAAGAAGCGCUCCCAGGUGAAGCCAGGGGAUGCCAGGGCUGUCCUGAGUGCGAGAGAAUCCCCAAAGCGCCCAUCUACUUCAUGCCCACGUGCAGGCUUGGGAAGAAAGAGCAGAGAGCCAGAGCAGGAGUCGCCGGUUGGAGAGGAGGCGCGCAGCGGGCGCCGGCGGAACGAGCCGCCGGGCGCAGAGCCCAGGGGCCGCCCAGUAGCCGGGAAGCCGCGCAGCGCGCAGGGAGGGAGGCGGCGGCGAAGACAGCGGGGCAUCCCCAGGCUUCCCCUCCUGGGUACUGGGCGCCAGGCACAAGCCCAUGACACAGAAACAGCACCGAUCGCAAGUAAGCAGGGAGUCCCUGGCGAGCCCCCGAUCGGCGUGAUCCGGAGUGGGACCUGAAGAGGCCGGUGUCUGGGUGUCCCGGAGCCCAGAGCGGGAGGCUGGGACUGAGCCCUCCCCGCCGCCCCCACCCCGCGCCCGCCUCCCGCCCCCGCCCGCGGCCUGCAGCGCGCCUCCCUCACCGCCCAGGCUCUGGAGAGCCACUCCACCCGAGCCGUGGGAGCCACGGACAGCGCCAGCUGCCGCUGCGGGAGCUACUCCGGCUGCACCAUGCGGGAGCUGGCUAUUGAGAUCGGGGUGCGAGCCCUGCUCUUCGGGGUCUUCGUCUCUGGACUCCGGCCCAUGAGAUACUGCUGCCUAUGUUUGGGUUUUACAGAGUUUUUGGAUCCGUUCCAGAGAGUCAUCCAGCCGGAGGAGAUCUGGCUCUAUAAAAAUCCUUUGGUGCAGUCAGACAACAUACCUACCCGUCUCAUGUUUGCAAUUUCUUUCCUCACACCCUUGGCUGUUAUUUGUGUGGUGAAAAUUAUCCGGCGGACAGACAAGACUGAAAUUAAGGAAGCCUUCUUAGCAGUGUCCUUGGCUCUUGCUUUAAAUGGAGUCUGCACAAACACUAUUAAACUAAUAGUGGGAAGACCUCGCCCCGAUUUCUUUUACCGCUGCUUUCCAGAUGGGGUGAUGAAUUCAGAGAUGCGCUGCACAGGUGACCCUGACCUGGUGUCGGAGGGCCGCAAAAGCUUCCCCAGCAUCCAUUCCUCCUUUGCCUUCUCGGGCCUCGGUUUCACAACAUUCUACCUGGCUGGCAAGCUGCACUGCUUCACGGAGAGUGGGCGGGGCAAGAGCUGGCGGCUCUGUGCUGCCAUCUUACCCUUGUACUGUGCCAUGAUGAUCGCCCUGUCCCGCAUGUGUGACUACAAGCACCAUUGGCAAGAUUCUUUUGUGGGAGGAGUGAUUGGCCUCAUUUUUGCCUAUAUUUGCUACAGACAGCAUUAUCCUCCUCUGGCCAACACAGCGUGCCACAAACCGUAUGUCAGCCUCCGAGUGCCCACUUCACUGAAGAAGGAGGAGAGACCUACAGCCGACAGUGCACCCAGCUUGCCCCUGGAGGGGAUCACUGAGGGCCCCGUAUGACGGGUGUCUAGGGAGAACGGACGCUGAGCCCCUGGCUCAUUCUUCUAUUCUGAUGUCAUAACACAGUGGAAAGGAUUUCCUGUAACGUGAUUCUCAUCAGCUAUUCUAAAGUCCCCUCCGCUUCCGUUCUGUGGAUGGUGUUCUUGCCAUUCUCCAUGUCUCCUUUCAACACUUCGGAUUUGUAAAGUCGGGACACCAGGACCAGUCUCUGAGAGACCCACGCAAAAGGAAGGAGGAUGCAAGGGCGAGGUGGGCAUGCUUGCUCAUCCAGCGAUUCCUUUACCAGAGGUGUUUGCUGUAGCACCCACCCUCCUCCGUGUUCAUGUUGUGAAACAUAAUAAAAGUCUCCCACCCAGAA